UCCAUUAACUACAACUGAGGACAGUGAAUAAAGUAUGACAUUGAUUGAUUGCACUACAGUUUACCUGCUUACCAAGGAUUAAGCCAUUUUUGAAGAUCGUUUAAUUGCAAAAAUAAAACAAACGUUAGUUUAGGAUACAGCCCGAGGUCAACCCUAUAUAGAGUAGGUUAACUCGUUAGGUUAGGGUUAUUACUUGUGUCAAACUGUAAAGCUGUCAUUUAGAACAAAAAAUUGCCUUGGGAUAUUUUUUUGUAAACUACAACAAACACCGCCAGUUGGUUGAUGGGUGCAACUUUCCUGAUCGAUUGUCCCCUGCCAUCCAUUGAAUGGUACGGUCCGUUGCCUAGGUGCUAGUAGAAGCCAAAUCACUCCGCCACUCCUGUCCUCAGCUAUCUUGUCGCCUUUACCAUUUGAAAGGGGAAAUCAAGGACAAGAGACGUUGUGAUGGAUGAAUUGCGUCAACAAUGGGAGUUGUAUUCCAUUGUGUACCAUGUAGACUAAAUUGUCGUUUUGGGAUCAGUACUUCACCCCUGAGGAAAAAGUUCAUCAUUCACAGAUGCAGCUGCAUAAAACUUAAUGUUUGACCAUGGAUCAUGAAGAGGUGCGGACAGAGCUGGACCAGAUAUCUAUGCGGCUUCAGGAGGAUGGCUUGCCACCGGGGGCCAGUGUUGAGGAGCGGCAGUGCCACCUGUGGCAGCAGCUGCUCGACAGUGAGGCAAAGCUUCAGUCAGCCGCUCAGGAGCUGCAGACCUUACGUUCCCAGCAGGCCAGUGAGAUGAAGGAGGUGGAGAGCUAUGUUGCACAUAUCCGUGGGCUCCUGGAAGAGCGUGAGUGUCUGACUGCAGACUAUGAAAGAGACAAUGAACACUUGCGACAAGAGCUUCACCAAAUCAGACAACAACAAGAGAGUCAGAGCAAAGAGCUGGCAGAGAUGUUGGCUCAGGAGGACCUCGGGGAGAUGGGCUUGAGCAGCCCCAGUGAGCAGGUGGCUUACUUGCUUGUGGAGAGGGCCACUUUACUGGAAAGGUUGGAGGCUGCUGAGAGGAGACUGGAAACUCAGAGCCUCACUGGCAACUUGAGGGAAGUCCACCACCAGGAACAUAUUUGCCACACAAUGGGGGAGGACCUGAGGCAGCAGAGGGAGGACAUGCAGAUAACCAUGGAUAACAUGACAAAGUGUUCCUCCCAGAGUCCAUGGAAGAAGCUGUUUGGGCUGCGCAGGUCUGGUCAGAGCAAACACAAUAUUACCCCUGCUCAUAGUGAGGAGAUUUCCCAGGAGCGGAAUGAGCGCCAGCGGCUGGAGCGGGACCUGGAGGAGGCGUCUAGGAGGCUGGCAAUGGCUCACCAGGAUAUCCGCAGACUCACCAAUGAGCUGGAUGCUGCCAAAAACAACAAUAUAGACUCAAAUGGACCUGAGCUACAGGGAAUGGUCCAAGAAGUAGACAACCUGAGGAAGGAAGUGGACAAACUGAAACACUGUGAUAUGAUGAAGAUGCAGCGAGCUAAAGAGCAAAAUGACAGAUUAGAUGUUGAGAACAGAGCUCUUAGGGAGCGAGUCCGCACUUUAGAGUCUGAGAAGAAAAAUCUCCUGGACCAAUUGGCAACAAAUGAAAAAGAUGUUGAAGCCAAAGAGGAUCGAAAGGACAAGAGUGUUAGCAGCAAACCACAAAACAAUCUGUUGGCUGACUCGUCAGACCAAGAAAAGGAUUACAUUCACAAACGGUGUCGAGAGGCGAUGGAAGAUGGGCUUGUACAGGUGAGGGAGCUGCAACGGCAACUCCAGAGGCUACGCAAGGAACAGGAAGAGCUGGAGGAGAGGAAUGAGGAGCUGGAGGCACUGCUGGGGGAGGCCCAGAAUGCCAGCAAGGAGGAGAGGUAUCGCCACGAGGGAGAACUGGAGGGACUCCACAGGAGGAUCAAAGCCAUGGAGGCAGAGCUGAAGAAGCAGCACGCCCAAGAAAAAAUGUUGAAGAACGGAGAAGAGGUCAAAGCUACAGAAUCCUACUUACAGCUGCACCUAAGGGAUAGCAGCCAGGAGAGAUUGGCUCUCCUAGAUGCAUGUCUGACUAAGGAGAAGGACUGGAGGAAACAACUGGAGAUAGACCUCAGUGCUGCCCAGGCCGCCCUCAAAAAAGACAAGGAGGCUUUGCAGAUAGGUGAGCGAGAACUGAAGAAGCUGAGACUUGAGGUCAACAGCCUUCAGACAGAAUGCCAACAAGGGAAAACGCUCAUCAAGAGCCUCACACAGGUCAAAGGGGAAAAAUCAGUUCUGGAGGAAAAGUUAGCCCAGAUGGAGCGUGCCCACAGCCGGCUCCAGAGCGAUCUGGAACGCUACAAGGACAGUAACCAGACCCAGGAGGACCUGAGGGAAAACAGGCUUCAAGUCAACCAGCUGCAGGAGAGGGCUGACCGGCUAACUGCUGAACUCAGCAGCCUUCAGGCAGCACACAGCUCCUUGAGGGAUGAGAUGGCUUCUGAGCGGCUGCAGACUGCCGAGCUCCAGGCCAAGUUGAGCUCCAGUGUCCAGGAGAAGCUGACCACUCAGGGGGAAAGAGAGAGACUGGAGCUUGAGAUACAGCGCCUCAAAGUGCAGCUCAAGUGGCAUCAAGAGCAGCUCUCCUCUACAAAGGAAGCACUUAUUAGCAGCCAGAAGCCUGAACUGCACACAGCUCAUGUAGAAUCUAGGCUUAGUCCAUUGGAGAGGACCAAGGAUGAGUCCUUGGAUCAGCUUUCAUGUCUAAAGCAGGAGCUGAAUCAUCUGCAGACCAAGCUGGGGGAGGAGCAGCAGCUGGCAUCUCAGCACCAACUGGCCCUGCAGGCUCAGGUCAGUGAAGCCCAGGCACGAAUCAAGUCGCAGGAUUUAGUGCUGAGCCAGAAGGCAGAGGAGGCUAAACAGAUGAAGCAGGACCUGCAAAGGGCACAGAGCCUGUUCACCUCAGCAGAGCGAGAGCUACGCUACGAGAAGGAGAAGAACAUGGACUUGAAGAGACACAACACCCUGCUGGACCAGGAAAAACUCAAGCUUUGUGCAGAGCUGAAGCAGGUUCAGACCAAGCUGGUCCAGAUGGAGCAGAGCAUCCACGCUCAGGUAUCCGAGUGUGAACGUCACCAGCAGAAAAUUAGGGAACUGGAAUUGGAACUUGCACGCAAUUCCACAAACCGCAGUGCCACCACCAGUCUUCAGGAGGACCUGCAGGCCGAGCGGGCACGGCUCAUUGCUGCUGACAAGAAGGUGUUGGAGCUGCAGCAACAGCUAAAGAGUGCCCAGCACCAGCUGCGCGUUGAGGAAGCGCGAGCUGGUGAGAGCAGCCGCUUAGAGAGAGACAGCAGAGAUCUGUCUGACACCUUAUCAGCCCUGAGAGCCAAACAGCAGGAGGAGCACAUCACCAGGAAGCUGUUAGAGCAGCGUGAGGAGGAACUGCAGCAGCAGGUGCGCUCCCUGAGGCUGAAGGAGGCCUCCAUGACCAGGACAAAUACAGAGCUCAGCCACCGUGUCCAACAGCUGAACACCCGUCUGGCCAUCCUGGAGGCUGAUCUUAGCAAGGCCAGAGAGGAGGUAAAAGACAGCCAGAAGUCAGGCCACAGACUGCAGGAGGACUUGGUGGCCAGUCAGCAGGAGUGUGACAGAGUACAGGGGGAGCUGCAGCAAGUUCUCCUCCAACUGGACACACAAGUCAGGAAGUACAACGAAAAGCAGAGUCACCACAAGAUCAAGCUGCGCCAGGCUAAGCAGGUCUUUCUCAGGGCGACUGCACAGAGGGACCACAUCAUCCAGAAACUGGAGAAUGACCUGGCGCUGGCCACCAGCCUCUCACACAAGGAGAAGGAGAGGAUCCAUACAGUGACAGAGGAAAAUGAGAAGCUUUUGGAGGAGAAGAGAGACCUGUUGCGUAAGAUUAGCGAGGCAGAGGAAAUGGGCAGCAUAGGCAUGAGGACCGCCUCCACUGUCCAACACAGGGUCAAUGUCUUAGAAGUGGAAAACAGACAACUUCAGGAUCGAACCCUGAAGCUCUCCAAUCAAGUCAGCUCCUUAGAGCGUGCCCUGAGGAACGUCCAGUCAUUCUACAGCCUGGAGAAUGUCAAGAAAGCGCUCCCCUCAGAAAGCAUCUGUGAUGGCAUCCUGCAUACAUCUACACUAAGUCUGACAUCCGGUUCAUGUGACCCACUGGACAUCCUGGACGCGAUCUGCCGCGUGAAGGUGGGCGAGCGUGGGGUGGUGGAUGCGGCUCGAGCGUCUGUGUCCUCACACCAACCAUCAGAGCAGGGCUACCUGAAUCUCACCUCACCACUGGUUCCUCCAGACACCAAAGGCACAGAGGAGAGCUCUAUUAACAGUGACCAGGUAUGAGAGGUGGGGGCAGGGUUGGCAGGGUUGUUGCCUUUGUUUGCAACAGCAAGCUACCAGCGAGGAUGAGUGCUGUAAGUCAGCGUAUCGUGUAGUACUACAGCAUCCGGCACUUCCACUGGAUACAAAAAAUAUGUAGAAAAUGUGCAAAUAAUCCUUGUUUAAAGGCAGUAAUGAUGAAAGGGAGCUUCCACUGCAGUUCUGCUCAGGGUGAUAUCGCUUAUGUAUUGCAAAGCAAAUCCUCGUCUGGUUGGGAGUACUGUUUUUUUUAGAUCCAGGCUUAGACUGAGAGAAGGCCUGUGCAAGUGUCAAUCAAGUAUUUUUUUUUAAAGACAACAGGAUGUAAUGGGAGAUUUGAUUUGGAAGCUAAACACAUUGUACAAUCUUCUUUGUAUACACAAGUGUGUGUGUGUGUGUGUGUGUGUGUGUGUGUAUAUAUAUAUGCCUGGUCAGGUGUUUGCAUCAGCAGACCAAAGCAAAUCAGAAUGCCUGGUGUUGGCUUCUGGGAAAGAUUAUCAUCAUUUAUUUUUUUCCUGUAGUGGUACAAGAUAAGCCAAUGUACUUCACACGAGCGUAGUGAAUGUCAAAGGACAUUUCAUGAGGGAGAUUUGAAUGAGACUAGUUAAACUGAGCACUUUAUUAUAGUUUUUGCUUGUGUUUACAUUUUGGUAAAAUGUAGCAGUGUAAUAUAACUGUGGGUAUAACAGUAUGUCCAUUGUAUGUAUUUUAACACCAGUUAAAUUUAAUCUUGGCUGUGUUUUCAGUGAAGAAAGGCCUAUGGUGCUGUAUGUUUAUGGUUUUACUGUGUCAAAAAAAAUUUUGAACACAUCAGCAUUUUUUCAAGUUUACAAAAUCGUAAUAACAUUGAUAAUAUUUUGGACCCACUUUUACAUGUAAUAAGAGACUGUGUGGUAAGGAGAGUCUAAAUAUUGGGGCCCUUUCCGGGAUCUGUCAUUCCCGUUGCUUGUCAGCUGUAGCCACUCCAGUAUUUACAAUGUGCAGCUUUGCCUGUAGUUCUAAAAAAAAAAAAGGGAAGAGAAGCCAAAAUUUCGGGAAAAGCCACAGAGUUGUCCAUUUCAAGCAUGCCAAGCUGUAUUUUAUUUUACAUAUAUAUAUUAUUAUUAUUAUUAUUAUUAUUAUUAUUAAUUUUAUUUUUUUUACAUUGGUCAACCUCAGUGGUUUCCUCCAGCGACACUCAGUCAUAAAGUACUUAAGAGAUGUGUGUGACAUGGGAAUAAAAUACACACUAUUUCAUACCACUAUUAUUAUUUUGUUUCAGUAAUAGAGUUGUACACUGUGGACACUGUUGUCUAUUUUGUGCCUGAUAUGAUGAAGUGUUUAACUUUAUCUUGCUGCUGAGUGAAUACGUCGAAUAACAAAAGCCUAUCUGCAACAGACAUGUAAACUGAGAUCUAAGAAACUUUGACUAGGGAUGCACCGAUCCGACCUUUUCAGUCCCGAUACCAAUACCUGGGCUUUGGGUAUCAGCCGAUGCAGAGUACAGAUCUAAUACCAGUGCAGAAUUAAUAAGCUGUAUUCUUCACUGUCAGAAGGAGACUGGGAGUCUUGCUCUUUGGCAUUAUGCUUCUGGAGGUGCUUGAUUAAGUUAUUAGUGGCGUAGCAAUAUAUAAAUAAUAAUAGUGAAAUACCUCCAAACUGCUGACCCCUUGUUUUUAGCUCCCUCUGUGCUAUGUUAGCACUCCUAGCAAAAUGUUUGUGUCUACGGGGGAAAUGCUGACACAUUGCGUAGUACCCAAGUAGUUGAGCCGCCCCUCAACUUAGCCGCCCCUUGUCACCGAUACCCAAUCCAGCUCUUUGAGUCAGUAUCGGGCCGAUAACCGAACGGCAUCGGUGCAUCCCUAACUUUUAAAUUUGUUGUAUCCGUGUAAAUGCAUUUUUAAACAAAAACAUAUUUUCAUAAAUAAAACUGAAUAAAUAAA